AUGAUGAUGAAGUCUCCUUCCCUUGCCGCCCUGAUGUUGGCCACGAUGGCGUUGGCCUUGCUGGAAAAUGCCACUGCCUUUCUUCCAAUGCCAUUUCGAUCCCGCUCUUCUUCGAGUCCGAUGGUGCAGUUCAUCCCGUUUGAAGCACCAACACCAAACCUUGUUGCAACGACCAGUUUGUCUGCCAAGAAGAAACGUAAAAAGAAGAAAAAGGUAGCCACCAGUGAAAGGUCACCACCUGAGUUUGAAAUUACCUACAAGUUUGGGAAUGGACCCAGCACAACGGCGACCUUGGAAAGGCCUCAGACGGUGGAAACACCUACUACUGUGCAACCAGAAGAAGAAGAACAGCCUGAACUUGUAAAGGCUCUAGGCGAUGCCACGGAUGGGAUGGAUGCAGAGGCAGUGGCUGAAGCCAAGGCAGCAAGUCUAACAGCACGAGCAAACGAAGUGGCGAGAGGGAGGGCAGAAGAAGAAGAGAGAGAGAAGGCGGAAGAAGAGGAGGCUAGAAUCCAAGCGGAAGAAGACGAAGCGGCUAGGAUCAAGGCGGAAGAAGACGAAGCAACUAGGAUUAAAGCAGAAGAGGAAGCAUCGGCAAUCAAGGCAGAGCAGGAGGAAGCCGCACGUAGAAAAAGGAUUGAAGAGGAAGCAGUUGGCGCAUUCAGAGGGCUGCCCUAUCACAUCAUUGAAGCACGAAAGCAGCCCAAGUCGCCAUUACAGGGGGCAAAGUUGAAGGAUAAGUAUGCAUCCAUUGAGGAUUUGGGGGAACGUGCCUUUGCAAUCUUGGUGGAUCUCUACAUGAUUGAAUUGCACGAAGACUAA